UUCCAACAUAUUGAAAAGUAGGCAAAAUGAUGGUCAAGAAGAAUUGUAGCCGAUAGCAGCCAUUUUGGAUUCUUAGAAUCCAAUUAUUGAACGUUAUCGACAGCUGUAACAAUCUGCUGUGCAUAGAGUGGUGGGGGUGGGGAAAUGACAGUGAAGACUUCACAUUUAAUCUCCAUCAAUAGCUUCUUUCCAUGUAUAUACAUUCACUCUUCACACAAGCUACCAAUUAUCUGUUUCUUGUUGAUGUUGGAGAGUUAACAGGCUUUUCCAGUUUCUAAGAAACAGCCAAACAGGUGCUUGUGUCAACAGCUUCUUCUUGCCCAUUUGGAGCUGAAAAUGAACCAAUUUUCACUAAUAAAUGUUUGAUAAAAAAUUUUUGCCAUCCCAUGUUAGCUGUUAGGUCAGUUUCCAGAGGUAACACAUACUUAUUUGUCCUUUUGUUUGCUGUUUUUCUUAAACUACCCUCUUGAGGAAAUUAGUUGAGAUUACUUGAGAGAAGCAAGAAAUUCAAGAAAGUUUUUUGAUUCUGUCAUCUUUUAAGGAAUUAUAUUAUAUAGUGGGUGAUUGAGUAAUUGAAAGGGAAGAUAUAAGAUACUCAUGUAAAAUGUCCCUUUCCUUAUCAUUAGAUUUUCAGUUUGAUUCAGAAGAGUGUUCUAGUGAAGAUUUGUUGAAUCAUACUAUCAAUUAAGCUGGGUUUUGUAGAUUAGCAUGAGGAUUUGAGGUGGGUUUUUGGUCAGAGAUUCAUUGAUGGCAGGAGAAGAUUUGAUAGAGAUCAAAUUCAGGCUUGCAGAUGGAACUGACAUCGGUCCAACCAAGCAUACUCCAGCUACAACUGUGGCAUCUCUGAAAGAGAAAAUUCUUGCUCAGUGGCCACAAGACAAAGAAAAUGGUCCAAAAACAAUACAUGAUGUGAAGCUGAUUAACGCUGGGAAGAUUCUUGAGAAUAACAGGACACUAGCUGAGUGCAGACUCCCAGUUGGUGAACUUCCUGGAGCUGUAAUUACCAUGCUUGUUGUUCUUCGUCUUCCUGUGACCAGCAAAAACAGCGGAAUAACAAAGUAAUACUGAUAAUUAUUCAUAAGCAACCUUCUAACUAAUUUUUGUUCACCAAAUCCAAUCUUUUCUGAUUUGGUGAUUCUGUUAAGUCUGAUGGUUUCUUAUGGAGUUCACUACUUUCAAGUUAGAAUCCACAAACAAUCUCGGUUAGGUCUUUUUUUUUCCCCCUAAUCUCAUUGCUUAUGGCUGGUUUCUUUCCUAUUUGAUCCUUUUUUUGUGCAAACUUCAUUCUUCAUGAAUAGGGACAUUUAUUUUUUGAGUACUAGCUACUAUUUGGUAUAAGCAUGAUCAGCCCUUUGGAAAACUGUGAAUGAUAAGCUCAAUAUCCCAAAACCAUCUUCUUGUGCCAUAAUGUUUCCUCAGUUCCAUUUCCGUCAGCAUGCUAUAGUUCUUGAGGAUUUCAGCCACAUAUUUACAUUAUAAACUGUUUUGUGCAUAUACAAGCUGAGAUUUUAAGGACAAUAAAACAAAUCUCCUUUCUUAAAAACUGACCCUUGAAAAAUUUUGCUACAGAUAAACUGCAGAAUGAUGCUCCAAAGACUAGUCGCUGUUUGUGCUCAAUCCUAUAGCUGUUUGAUGGAAGAGUGCCAAUGAUUAUUGUGGUUGAUGUUUACAUCCUUCUGUGUGCGCUUCUUAUAUCGUUAUUAAUAUGAAAUUCUUUUCCACUUAAUGUAUCAAAAUAUAUAGUUCAGUUUCAGCUGGCAGCAAAAACAGGAGAUAAGUUUUUCUUAAUCAAAAAGCCUGUUUGUCCUUUUAUUUUGAAACAAACCAGGAGGUAGAACUGUUGAGUAUGAAAGGUUAUGGUGCAAGAAACAAUGGAAAGGAAAAGGGACACACAAAAUUUCUUAUAGGAGAUUAUUUUGUUUGUUUUUAUCAGACUGCUGAGAAAAUGUGCACUUUUUCACUUUCACAUAUACUAUAAAGAAGGGAUUGGCCC